UAAUAAGUUCCGGGUCAUUAUUGUAAAAGAAAUUGGCGGGUUGUUUUGUGUUGUGGCUUUUACAGGUUCCUAUAAAUCCGCUGAAAUAUAUCCCAACAAACUCUUGUGUGACUCUAGCUGAAAGUGUUUACUAUAACACAUGGAAUUGUUAGUUUCAUAGCUGUUAAAUAUAUGGCGACAAACUCGAGACAACUUCGGGAGCUAAGUUAGCUCACAGGACACUUUGUGGCUAAUUAGCGUCCAGGCUAAAGCUAACGGUGUAGCUGCGGAAUAUCCGUCGGACUGGGCGGACACGUCUCGGGAUAAUGGCGAACCCGGCGUUGUUGCAGAAAACCAAUGGGAAGUAUCUGUGGUUUUGUCUUCUCGGGAUGGGAUUUCAACCAGAGGACGCCGCGAGGAAAACUAACGUGAAUGUUAAGCACAUCAAUCUGGGGCCGAACAUGUUUGACAAACCAAAUAAAGACGCUUUCUACAUAGUGACGCACUUUCUGUUGGAGAAGCUCAACCCAACGCGACUUCACGAAGCCUUCAGAGGCUGCUGGCCAGUUUUAAACCACAAGGCAGAUGCUGAGUUCCGCAAGCUCGCCUGCGCUUGGCUGCGAGAGAUAAUGGAUGAAACUGCAAACGCGGCACCUAAAGUGGCGGCGUCCAUAUUCCUCUCCCCUGGAGGCCCCAAGUUUGUCAGCUUGAUGCUGAAUUUGGCCAAACAUGUGAUGCUGCAGGAAAUGAAAACAUUCACAACAGAUGGCAGCUGGGUGCCUGGAGCCGCGGCGUCGCCUGCGUCCUCCCUGGACGUGGCAGUGAAGAGGCUCGACCUGGUCGGUGCCAGGUUUGUGAAAGCUGCAGUGGCGCAAGAUCGAUUUCUCCACGAGUACCAGAGACGAGCCCAGCUGCUGGUGAAGUCAGUGAGGGAUAUAAGAGCAGAGAUUGCUAAUUAUGAUGAGCUUCUCAAGCGACACAGCAGCGAUUUUGUAUCAGCUGGUACAUCUCUACCAGAGAAGACUAAAUUGGUGCGCUCAUUGUGGUCAGCCAUCGAUGAAAUGUUGUCGACCACUAAAGAAAACCAGAAUGCAGUGGAAAGUGUCUUGAAAGGGGAUGUAGACCAGUUUGUCCUGGAUGGGACAGACUGUGGCCUGAAAAUUCCCCAGCGUCUGCUGCAGAGAAUUGAACAGCUCCCACACCAGUUGAGUUCAGGGAACGUGUAUGAGGCUGGCCAGCUCAACCUACUGUCUGUGUUGGAGCUGACGAACCUUGCACUGCAGCUCCUGAGAGAAGAGCGCUGUAAAGUCUCUCAGGUUCCCAAACGCCAGCUCAGUCCACAACACCUGCAAGAGAAGCGUCAGCAGAUGGCCCGUGUGCUACCGGACCUCCACCUCAUGAGACAGAAGAUAUCCAGGGAAGAAAUGCCUGCGAUUAAGACAGCUAUGAGGGAGUUGGAGGCUGAUUGGGACAGGAAGUGGAUGGAUGCUCUGAAAGACACACCCCUAGUCUCUUUUCUCAAUGAAGAUUCUGUUCUUGGCUUCUUGUCACCAAUGGCUCCACUCUCAUUCGAACCAGCUGCUGAAACUACUUACAAAAGUAGUGUAUUUUCUCAGUACCCAGCUAAGCUUCCUGAUGGAAAACCAGUGGUUAAUAAAUCACAGGAAGGAGGCAGUCCUAGUUUUUCUAAACUGAAGAGCUCUUUGCCUGCAACGGUUGAAAGAGCUGAAAAUUCACUUGUCACAACUCGGCCAGCAUCACAAGCAAAUACUUCUCUUGACUGGCUUUUUGACACACCACCUUCCCCUCCGAGGACUCAGCCUGCCCCGCCACCUCAGGCCAGUGUGAGGAAGACGACUCCCAUUCAUUCUGUGUCUGUGAAAACCAAGACGCAGAUAUUAAACAUGGAGUGCGACAACCUUGCUGAUCAGUUCGCAGCUGCUGUAACUACAACCAGUCCUGUAGAAGGCAGGCUCAAAGACGCGGACUUGGAAGGCCUGCUCAGCACGCUUCAAGGAGACCCCUUCUCUACCAGAAAGCAGCUGCCACGUACCCCGGAGAGCCUGAUUAUGGAUGUAAAAAGCUCCUGGAGGAAGGCAAUUAAAGAAGAUCAAGCAGAGAAAAUUCGUCAGUCAUUAAAGUACGACGACAGUAUAACUGGGCGUCUCUCACCCCUCGAGGAGCCGCGUGAUCUGCUGCUGAGCCCCGAUCCCUCCUUCCAGAAUGUUCCCUUCAGCGACACUCCUGUCUGCCACAAGGAGGAUUUACUCAAAUCCACUCUGUCGUGGGACAAUUUCAACAGCGAGGUUCCAGACAGCUCGAUCGGCACAGGCAGCAGUGAGGUCUACUUCAGUCUUGAACACGAAACUCUCCCUGAAUUGCCAAGCUGCGACAGUCUACUGAGCUCCGACGACGAUGAAGCCGAGGACUCGAAGAGUGAAGUGGAGUUUGUCGUGCCGUCACUAAAGACUGGAGCAAAGCGGUCGCCCUUAAUCACUCCUCAUAUUGGUCAGAUAGAUUUUCUAGAUGGAUUUUCAAUAGAAGACCGGAACAAGACGCCUGAAUGCCUUUUGUCAGCUCAGUCGGUUUCUGGUCUGAGCAAGCAAUGGCCAAAGGAGCCUGUAACUCCAGUGGAAGCCUUGGACAAGGUCUUCUCACUGGACCUAGAUGCCCUUGGGACAUACUCGCCCCCAGAGAAACAGGUUUACAGCCUGCCGAGCCUGAUUACAUUCUCUCCAAUUGAUGACAUGAAGCAUUAACUGUGUUCAUGUAGAAACCACAAGCUAAUAUUUGUACAUAGCUGUAAAUUUACCUGAAUCCGUCAUGCUUUCAUUCAAAAGACUGCAAUGUAAUCUGAUGAAUAAAUGUGUAAAAUGUUUUUCUUGUUUGUAAAUUGUAUACUAACAUUAAACAAAACCAGACUGUA